AGAAGGAUCAAGGAGGCAGGCAGCGGGAAUAGAAGAUGGAAAUACGGUAUAUAAGCAGGUCUGUAUAGUAGGUCAAUAAAUUAAUGAUUCUCCUCCCCUUCCACGCCACGCACACAGGAUUUGUGUAUCGUCUCUCUCCUUGAUCAAAGGUUGAAGAAGCUGGCCUGAACUCCUCCUCAGCUUUGUUUGAUCGCUGAUGUGCUCUUGCUAGUUGAAGGACCUUAUGGCAGAUAAAGGGUCUGAGCAAAUGGAUGAUACAUCCAUGCCUUCUGCAGGAAAGGAGGAAGAAGUCAUCAAAAAGAAGUAUGGAGGUAUUGUGCCAAAAAAGCCCCCACUCAUUUCCAAGGAUCAUGAGCGCGCAUAUUUUGAUUCAGCUGAUUGGGCAUUGGGAAAGCAAGGUGUAGCUAAGCCCAAAGGACCACUUGAGGCACUUCGGCCCAAAUUAGAGCCAACUCAGCAGCAAACACGAUACCGGAAAUCUCCUUAUGCUCCAGCAGAUGGAGAAGAUGCUAGCAACUCGCCUUCUAGUGAUGCAAGUGCCAAUGAAUGAGGAACUGUUGUUGUUGGACAGAUAAUUGUCUCAUUCAAAUACUUCAAUUCUGUCUUGUUUCAUGAAACUAUAGCUGUGAUACCAGCAAGAACCCUAAUUUCUGCAUUUAAAAAACAAGUUCUAUUAACAUUUUUGUCAUACAUAUAUGAUGUAUGAUAUAUAAUCCUAUGAUCUUUUAUGUUUCUAGAUGAAAUUUAAACAAAGUUGCACUUGCUCUGUUUUGGGCUGCAUCUAUUGUUUCCUAAUUCUGUUUUCUUGGUGCAUAAUAUGAAUUGGUUAAAACUAACAUCAAGAAUCUGUUUGAUUAGAUGAAAUGUAUGAAGGAAUCAAAUUGAUAUGAAUUCUUAUUUUCCAU